CUACUACUAAUGAUAGUCAUUAUCUAUCUAUAGAACAAUCAAUCUAUUUGGAAGUGGUUCAAGUACUGUUUAUAGACUAAAUGUGGCCAAGUUAUAUGAGAGGGCAAGGGCCAGGGGUGCAGUGUUGAACGUUAAACAAAGGUUCCAUGAAGGAAUUGUGUCCCAUAAACCAUCAGUUCGUGAAAUGAAUGCAUGUGGCCUGUAGCCUAAAAUGGGUUGCUUUAUGGCGGAAGUGCCCGAAUACUGUCUUGAUAGUCGACAAUGUGCUCCAGUAGGUAGGCUGAGUGUAAUGUUUGUAACCAAUCAUAAUGUACCAUUGCAUUUGCGGGGCGUACACGUUGGUGACUAGAGGAAGUGAGAAAUUGAUCAGUGUAUCCAAAGGGUUUAUCAUGUCACAUUCAUCCUAGCUUCUUUAACCGGCAUGUAUUGCGAACUAUUAUUUUAAACAAGUGAUUAAUUGCCUACUUUGCUAAUAUUGUCUUCCACGGAACUACGAUAACAAACGUAUUGCAGCGAUGGGGGAGGUAGAGUUAUCCUGCCUGGCCUAUGUGAAGAUGUAUCUACACUCUUGCCUGUUUCCCCGGUGCAGCGUUAACGGCCUGCUGUUAUCAUCCAGUCCAGUAGGGGGUCCUCUAUGUGUUACAGACUGUGUGCCUCUUCUCCACUCGCACCUGCCACUGGCACCCAUCACACAGGUCGCCCUCACACAGGUGGAUGUUUGGUGUGCACAGACACAGCAGAGGAUUGUGGGAUACUAUCAAGCAAAUGCUUGUGUAUCAGAUAGCAGUCCAACACCUUGUGCCUUGAAGAUAGCAGACAAGAUUGCUGAGCAGUGUAGUGGUGCAGUACUGCUUAUGAUUGAUGGGGCCAAAAUGUCUCAAGGAUACAGGGUGCCUCCCAUAGUGAUGUAUGAGCGCAAAGACUCCCGCUGGACACUGAAGGACAAACACAUGAUAAUGCUGAGACAGUGGGAGGAGACUCGUUCAGUAGCCAAUCAGCUGCUUGACUCAGGAGACCACACGCUUUUGGUGGAUUUUGACAGUCAUUUGGAUGACAUAACAAAGGACUGGACCAAUCAAAAACUGAAUGCCAAAAUAGCAGAACUGGCCUCUCCUGUCAAUGGGAACGUGUGACUUGAUGAACGGGUGUAACAACAGACAUUAAAUAAACCUCAUGAAAAAACUAAUGUGAAAUGUUCUGAAAAACAACUGCUAUUUUAAAAUGUUUUUUUUUUUUCAUUUUUUCCUCCAUUGAUUAGAUUUGUGCUAAUAUACUGUUUGUUGUAAUGCAUUAACAGAGGCUGUUUGUUCCAUCUGAAAUACUUUGUAUUAUAUUUGAACUAAACACACUGAAGAACUGUCAAUGAACAAUUAUGUUUUGGAUAAAUAACAAAAAAUCCUAGUUCUCUGUGCCUUUUAAUAAAACUAGCAAUUGUUGCAGUGGUAAUUAGUAAGUACACAAUAUGAGACCAAACUUGAUCUACAGACUCCCUUGUGUAACUGUACAUAUAGACAUCUGUUUAAGUCUGCUUUUAAUCUACAUUUUGACCAACAAAUAGAGUCUUGUUUUCUUCCCACAUGCUGGAAGGGUCUGACUGGAUUAUAUCUCACAAUUUAAGAGGAUGGAACUGAGCACUCAGGUAUUCCGCUACCUGUGAGAGUGACAAACAGGGGAAUUCCUACAGAGAAAACACAAUUUCAGUACCAUAACACAAUGUUAAAUCUCCUGUGGUAGUGGAUAUGGGGUAUCACACAAUGGCCUCCAACCACUAGCACAAGGAAUUCAACAUCUGGUCCUGUAUUUGAAAUCUGCUUUAUUUAUUUUAAAUAGUACAGAUUAAAUUUGAAGCAAAGGUUUACCUACAUAAUUUCACCAAAUCACCUUGUGAUAUCCUCUUGUCCUCUUAUAUUAAUAAUAAAAUAUAAAAAAAGAA